AGUAUGAUGGAGGCUCGGGCAUGGUCUAUUCCUGUACACUGUAGUCGGUGGUACUCGCAGUACUCGUACAGUAUACCUGUAGUUAGUAGUACGUACGUAGAAGAGUCACCGUGAGAAUUGAAACACGAGCCUUGACCCAAAAAGUCUUUAGUCAUUACUGGUUACCAUUAUCAACAUAGAGAAACUUUGAGAUAACUCAGGAAUACUCGCACGGCGAUCCUCGUAAAAUAAUCAAAGUGCCUUAUCAGUUACUGAUUAGAAUGCCCAUUUAUUACAAACGCCGCUAUCGAUGAUUCUCGUAAAUGGUAAAAAGAAGAAAAUUUGCUAAAAAGUCGAAACCACGUAUUUCCCCUUUUUCGAGACAGAGAUAAUAAGAUAUUCGAGAUAACUCUUUUGUUCUUACAAUAGAUGGCCUCACUUUUCAUUUUUACCUCUUUACGAAAAAUCCAUAGAGUACACGAUUCCGACCAGCGCCACUCCCUGCCCUAGGUGAUAAUUAAAGAGGAUGACGUUGUCGAGAUGAUAUCGGAGCGAAGACUCAUUGUUGUCCUCCACUUGAUCAAGAUCAGCGAAUGGACCAGAAGAGACACGAAGAUCAUGUAACGGACCACUUAGAAACAGUUUCAUCCUUAUCAUGAUAAUAAUACAAUAUCAAUAGAUCUGUCUUUCGAAGAACCCAGGAUCAUCAUGAAAAUGGACCGGAGCUAUACAGCAUCCAUGAACGGAUUCUUUCGAUCACCGGAACAAAUAGCUAGUCCACGUUGUCUCAUCAGGUCCACGAGACCUAGUGGCUAGAACGUGGCGAUGAUUUGGGUCAGAGAUAAGAGCUCAAUGAAGUGUGGUGAGUAACAGGUUUUUGUAUCAGCUCCAUGUCCUAUACGUUACCCAAGACGGUCAGGUAGUUGUUACAGGUAGCGGAUGAUGGCACAGGUGGAAAGACGUCCAGGAGUAAUGAUCCUGAGUAACGUCACCAAGUACGUAUCUAGCCAGGAAGCAAUUGGCUCGACCUUAGAAGAGGAUUCCUUAAGCCUCUCUUCGUUAUUCACAACGACGCGUCGCGUUCCCAUUUGCACGUUGCUUUGACAAGCUGAUGAAAGUAUGCAGAACUCUAUACGGGUUCCUACGCACUGUGUACCCAGAAGGUGUAAGGGACCUGCUGGUGGAUAUGGGAUGCUCGAGAGAAGGUGGGCUACAGUCAGCCAGAGCAACAUUACGAGGACUCCCUUAACUCUUAUACCGGUACAGACGCCGACGUCGCGACGGUGGAUUUAUUGGAGCUCCGUAUAAAUCUACCACGAGACCUUAAUCCUGAAUGAAGACUAAUCGCGAACGAUCCUUCGAUGGGAAAUUGCUUGCUAAAUUUUUCUUCGACGAGAUAAUACGUUAUUUCCCAUCAUUAACCUUGAAAUAUUAAUUGUUGGAAAAAAAAAGAGUAUACAAAAUCUGCAACUACGAUAAAUAUAUACGGAUUCGUCAUUAUAGAUAUAUUUAUACAUUGUGAUAAAGAUACAAAGUGGAGAAGAUUGUUAUUUUUUUUUUUGAAAUCAAUGAUAAUCAUGACGAACAUAGCGACAGCCAAUUUAUUACACAAGUUGUAAUGAGUACCCUCAUAAUUUUUCGCCAUAAACGAAGGUAUUGAUCGGUUUUUCGUAUCGGUAUAAUCGCAAGUUUUAUCUCCGUGAUAGCCGAUGAAAACUGUGAUAACAAACGUCCGCUUCCUUUUAUGAAUUCAUAGAGGUGCCAAAGUGCAUUCGCAGUCCUGACAGCGUUAGGCCAUCAUGUCUCCAGAGCGCACUUCCGGCACUUUAUUACCGAUCCUGGUACUGCUCGUAAUACACCAUAGCCUGGCCCUGCAGUGUCACGUAUGCUCAUCCUUUGAUAAUCCAUCCUGUUCAUCGAAUCCGAAAGAUAUCGAAAUAGAGACGUGUGGUUUCUCGACCAUGUCAUCCACGGCAAAUGCGAUUAUCGCAGACUGGUCCAGUUCCACGCAAACUUCAGUGUCCGCAGCAUCUUCCACAGAAGCUGGAGGAUCAUCAAGUUCUCAAAGUACAAAGUUCACUACUGAAAAUUCAGCAAGUAUCAGUACCCAGAGUGCUUCCGGUUCUACGGAAUCUGAAGUGACCACGGAUACUUCGGAUCACAGUGAAACAUUCUCCAGUACUAUUACGGAGAGUUCCAGUUCAUCCGGUACCGAAAACAAUUCUACCGAAAAUACUAGUACUGCUUCCGUCAGUACUACUGCCACUGCCAGUACAGAGAGUGAUAGUUCCAGUACUGACGGAUCAAAUAGUACCAGUACCACCGAAAUUUUCUUACUGAAAUCAGAUCUGGAUAUUCCUCUGUUACGUAACGUAGUUCGAAGGGACAUUCCCGGUACGAUAGGUCCCAGAAAAGGUGCAAAUCACGUCUGUUACAAGAUCGUCUACACGAAAAACCAAAGGAAAGUGACUGAAAGAGGAUGUUAUGCCGGGACGUCAUCGGGGAGCUGUGCUGCACUGAAGGAGAAUAUCGGUCCUCAGUCUUGGAUCACGUGCGUCACGUGCAUAAAAGACGGCUGCAAUUCAACGUCGACGAUUCAGCUGAGCGUGACGACGUUAUUCCUGCUGCUGGCGACAAUGUUCGUCCUUGUUAGAUAACUUAUACGUUAUCCGGAUCAGGAUAAAAAAAUCAAUCGAAUAUGCAGAUAAGGGUCAUCCUAGAAACAAUAUUGCGCCUCGUUAUACGCGCAUAUAUUGCAAUGGAUUUAUUUAUGGGCAGCAUUAAAUAAAUUAAAUCCUGAUUCGA